AUGGACUUCAGUCGACUCUCGGCUCAGCAACAGGCCGAUCUCAUGGCUCUCAUCCAAACUGCCUCGAAUACAGCCCCAAAUUCGUCGCUACCUGGCCCGAACCCCUCACAGGCCUAUGGCGAGACCCAGCCUGGAGUCUUGCAGCAGCACCCUGUGUCGGUCACUCCUAGCCAGAACACGACCUCUGCAGCCCCCUAUACUGUCGCAGGUCAGCCUUCGACACAGUCGGCUUGGUCCUCAUCGCCUACUCGGCCGAGUGUUCCCGGACAGCCUCACCGAGUUAGCCAAACAGCUGGGGCUUCUGAGCUGGUGCCUGAAGCAAGGCCAUCGUCGCACCCAUCCUUUCAGGGCCACAUCGUCUCGGCUGGCGAAGUAGCUGGAUCGCCCUCGCAUCCCAAUAUGCCCCCAUGGGCCAUAACCCUGGCAAUCCUGUCGCACAGAGGUCGACGACACCUUGGCAUGGCAUGCCUACCUCUGCCCACCUCCGAGUCUUGUGUCGUAUCACAGUGCUCGGACCAGCCCCCUCGGUGCCAUGGCCCUCCUGGUUCUUCGUCGCAGGUAGCAGGCCCAUCGUCGCUGUACAACACCACCGAAGUCACUCCGGGCCCCGGCCCAAGCCGUAGCCUGACACAGCCUAUCCUGGGAUUGAACAGGCUCCGUCCCCAGGCUUCCAGCCAGGUCAAUGUAGCUCGCCUGUCAUCGUCAGCUCGUAUGCCUCGCACGGCGGGCUCCAGCCUGUCAGCUCGGCCCCGCCGCACACGUGGCUCGGCACAGCAUCCACCGUCGCUCCCGCAUCUCCCCCAUAUCAUACGAUCCCCUAUACCACAUGCCGAAGACCAGGUCAAAGUGACCUGUCUGAUCUAUCCGCAGCCUGACCCUCCCUCAGCUCCACUUAUUGCCUAUAACUUCGGACGGGACAGCUUCGUCGAUCAUCUGCGAGGGCAUGGGCUCUGUCACGACUUUGACAUCCCGCUGUCAACACCGCUGCCCCGCCUGGCGAGAAUGGUCUUGCUUGAGAUGCGGGCCUCGUCUUUCCACUACGAGGUCCCCAUUGCCGAUCAUCUCGCCUUUGAGCAUGAGCGCCUCCCUCUCGGCAUUUUAAGCUUAAAAAACCGUGGCAUUCGUCGUGCGGAUGGCCAGGUCUAUCUCGAUCAUAAGCCCCUGUGGGCCGACAAAACAGUCGAGACGCUCCUCGCAGAUAAGCACCGCUUCGCUCACAGCGACCACGGCUUUUACAACGGCCGUUUUGUUCUGCGAUUUGCUGUACCCCCUCCGUCACCCAUGCUAGGAAGUCCUGAUCGCCCGAACAGCAACCCGGGCAGCCCAGCCUCCACGACCGACUCGGAUAUUGGAAUGACAGAUGCCACGACUGGGCCCAGAGCUGGUGCUCAGCUGAAUGGUCGUACAGUGCCAAGUCUUGCUCGCACAUCGUCUAUGCCAUCGGCUGUAGCUGCAUUCAUGCCCCGUGAUAUCUGGCAGUCGCCGUGGGAGCCAGAACUGCCGAGGGACACUGUCGGUGGCCAGCAAUACAGCGAGCUGAGUGGCUUCGCUGAAGCUGUCUAUGCUGCAGCCAGCCGCCACCCUGAGGCCCACGGGACUAGCAUGGAUGCGAUGGUCGAUGCCCUCCGGGAGUAUCUCAUUGAUGCUGCCCAUCUCGGCGAUUACACAGCCCUACUGUCGCCUGAUCGCGUGUUCCGAAGGCUGUCGCCAGCUGGAGCAGUAGUGUCAUUCGGUGCAGGUGUCGAGCGUGAGGUUUUGUGGACAGCACUCCAGAAAUACCAGGGAGAUCCCAGGUUCUGUCGGCCUGGCCUAGAUGGGACCUGGACGAUCGCUAACAGUCCCAUCACUCACUUUGCUGCUGAAGAAAACAGGCUCGCCCGCAAGAAGGAGCUCACGAUCUUCGGGGCCCUGACUGCCAUCAGGAAAACCCUAUUUCCGUAA